AUGAAAACGUUUUUGCGAAUAGUGUUUCUUUGUUUCUUUAUUAAUAUAGUGCAGUCAUCUCAUUGUUAUUGGAAUACUGGAUGCCCUUACAAAUAUUUAUCGACGAAGACUCCUUAUAACUCGGUGCGAGGAGAUAUUAGAGAUUCUAUUGUAAAAUUAAUAGGAUGUGAGCCAGUGAGUAUAUGGGGCAUGUACCGGCACGGGAUACGAAAGCCAAGUGCUUAUUACAGCAAUAUGAUGAAAGACGCAAUAGCCAUUAGAAAUCAUGUAGUAUCUAGCUACAAAAAAGGUCGCAGCUCUCUUUGUGCUCAAGACAUAGAAAAUUUGCGAAACUGGGAAUUCAAUGAAAGUUUUUUUAAUGGUAAACAAGAUAUCACUGAAGAAGGUCGCGAGGAAAUGAUAGGUCUCAGCAAACGUUUAAAGGAAGCAUUCCCCGAUUUAUUGAAUAGUCUUCAAAAUGGCAGCUAUACUUUGCGGCCAGCUCGAGGACUUUGGAUUGAAAACAGCGCUACACACUUCGCUAAGGGCUUUGGAAAUAAUAAUUUUGUUAUUGAGAAAGCUAAAACCGAUUCAGAUAUCAUGAAUCCAUAUGCGACAUGUGGAUCAUACCAACAAAAUGUACAAAUACAUCAAAAUAAUCACCCUGAAGUUAAUAAAUACUUAAGUACAUCGGACUACCUUGCGACAAAAGACAGAGUACAACGUAGAAGUGGAAUAGACUAUAUCCUCAGCGACAAAAACAUUACAGCUUUAUAUAAUCUAUGUCGUAGCACAUGGCCCGCUAUUGACAAUAAAGUUAGUCCCUGGUGUGCACUUUUUACUAAGGAUGAUUUAGAAGUUCUCGAAUAUAUACAAGAUUUAAAGCAUUACUAUAAGGAUGGUUACGGCACACCGGUAAAUGAAAUUUUCGGUAGGGUUCCGUUAGCAAAUUUGCUUCAAAGUUUCGAUGAUGUUAAGAAAGGCAAAGGGAAAAAAAUGAUCGCUUACUUCACUCAUGCGACCAUGUUGGCUCAGAUAUACACUGCGCUAGGACUAUUCAAAGACAACCAACCUUUAACCGGUGCCAACAGGGACCGGGAAAGAAAAUGGAGAACAAGCAAGAUAACGGCCUUUUCUGCAAAUUUAAUAGCUGUUUUAAAUCGAUGUGUAAUGGACGGCUCAGAGGACUACAACGUUGUGUUCUACUUAAACGAAGAACCAAUGAGAUCGAUAUGUGAAGAGGGCGUUUGUUCCUGGCGAGAGUUCGACACGAAAUUGCGGCCAUUUAUUAACACUACUAUCGACUUUUGUGAGUUCCGAAACGAACCUUAU